GACUUGGAGCUGGGGUGUGUGGAGGUGUUCUACGCGGCGGCCGUUGACCUCCCCGACCUCCCUUUCUCUGUGACCCAGAACCAAAACAUCUUCAGGAAGUAUGACAUCACACAAGACUCUGUGCUGCUUGUCCGACAGUCUAACCCUGUACAGGUGAUGAAGGUAACCUGUCAGACGUCUAAAGAGGAUCUCCUCUCCUUCAUCACCGUUCAUCAACUGGAGCUGGUUACUGAAUACAACGGACAGACAGCCAGUCGGAUCCUCUCCUCUCCAGUGUUAAAUCAUGCCAUUCUGUUUGUCAAUAAGACUGAUGGAGGGUUUCAGACUGUCUACUCUGCCUUCCAGGCUGCUGCUGCCUCCUACAGGGGAAAGGUAGUGUUUGUGAUGGUAGACGUGGAACGAGCCGAGAACGGUAGAAUGUUGGAGUAUUUCCGUGUCCGGGAGAGCGAGGCUCCGAUGGUGCGAUUGGUUAAUCUGACGAGUCACGUGACCUAUCACCUGCCGUCCGACACACUGGACACGCCCACCAUUACAGCGUUCUGUCAGAGUUACCUGGACGGCACCGCACAGCCUAAGAUGCAGAGUGAGACUAUACCCGCUGACUGGGACCAGAAGCCAGUUAAACAGCUGGUAGGAGAGAACCUGGAGAGACUGGCUUUCAACCCUGACAAGACUGCUUUCAUCAUGUUCUACCUGCCCUACAGUGAAGAGAGUCGUUCUCUGUUCCCGCUAUGGGAGGAGCUAGCCCAGCACUUCCUGGACAGAGAGGAAGUUGUCAUCGCUCGCAUCGACGCCUCGGCCAAUGACUUCAACCUGUCGAUGAGAGAACGCUACCCUGCCCUCCGCCUGUUCCCCGCGCUGCAUGCAGAGAGGGUACCCUAA